AUGGUCAACAAGCACAAACCGUCCGGUGGUCGUCGCCGGGGCCAGCAGUUUCUCUCGGUGGCAAUGAAAAAACAACGCCGUAAGGAGCGUGCCCAGCGGGCACCAGUUUCCCGUUUCAAGAAAAACCUAAAACACAUCGAGCGCAGCAAGGAGGCAAACGAGGCCCUGAAGCGGCAGCAGGAAGCGGAGCGCAAGUACAAGACCAAAAUGAACGGUCCAUCCGUUGAGGAGCAACUUGUUGAACAGGAUGAUGGCCUUCUGUCGUCGGGUGACGAACUCGAGGAACGUGAGGACGAUUUCGAGGUACUGAUGAAGACGCUGAACGGCGGUCGUAAAGGUACCGCCAAGCGGGAGGAGGCGAUCGAAAGUGAUGAAAGUGAAAGCGAAAGUGAGGAAGAACAGGAACAGGAAAUGCAGGUGGACAGUGGUGGAGAGAACGGCUCGUCCGAUUCGGAUGGGGAAGUUGAGUUGGGUCAUGAAACGGAUGAGGAACAAACCGAACCGGAAGGGGAUCCUUAUUUGGCUCACGUUAGCAACAAUAUUAGUAAUCAGAUGCUGGAGUCCCUUUCUGCGGAGCCGGUUGUGGUGCAAAAAAGUACCGUCAAGUUCCGAAAGUUAGGACAACUGAUGGUGGAGAUUCCAAAGGAUGGUAAAAGGGAUAACAGAGGUAGCACUCUUUUGGCGGAUGAUGAAACGUACGCUUCCGAAGGAAGCGUUCCUAAACUGUUGGAUCUUGAUAAAGAGCUGUAUAUAAAGGCUAAGAUUAAACGUCGGUUGGAGGAUGGUUCGUUUUUUACCGAUCUUCAGACGGAAUGUUUCUCAGUGCUGAACAACUAUCAGGAUUUGUUCUACCCGGCGAGAAGUUUGGACAACGGAGAGGAAAUUCGAUUUGUCUACUGCCUGCAUGCCUUGAACCAUAUACUGAAAGCAACUUCAAAAAUAUUACACCAUAAUUUAAAACUUGCAGAAGCCACCAGUCACAAAAAGAAGAAGAAGAAAAGUACCCCGAAGAAGGAGACGGUUGUUCCCGAAUAUCGCGAUCAGGGUUUGGUUCGUCCUAAAGUGCUGAUCGUGGUGCCUUUUCGAAGCGCAGCUUUGAAAGUGAUCGAAACCCUGAAACAAUUAUUCGCUGGCGAUGAUUCGAAAGCGGUCACCAACUACAAGCGCUUUCAGGCGGAAUACGGCGGAGACACACUUUACUUCCCGAAACACAAUCCAAAGCCGGAAGAUUACGAGCGAACGUUCGCCGGCAACACGGACGAUAAUUUUCGUAUCGGAAUUUCGUUCGGUAAAAGUUCGAUGAAACUGUACACUAAAUACUACAAUUCGGAUUUGAUUGUGGCUUCGCCACUGGGCCUGCGCAUGACUAUCGGCGCGGAAGGAGAGUCGGAACGAGAUUACGACUUUCUCGCUUCGAUUGAGCUGCUGAUUUUGGAUCAAGCGGAAGUUUGUCUGGCUCAAAACUGGGACCACGUGAUCCAUUUGAUGGAUCACCUUCACCUGCAGCCGCAAAGUACGGAGCACACAGACUUUUCCCGCGUCCGCUAUUGGUGUCUUAACGGCUGGUCCCGUUUCUAUCGGCAAACGGUUUUACUGGCUUCUCACGAUCUGCCAGAAUUUCGAUCCAUCUUCAACAACAAAUGUUGUAACUAUCGGGGAAAAGUUCGGGUUGCCAAUCCGGUCAAAGGUGGCUCCAUCCGACAUGUAGUCGUGCAAGUCCCACAAACCUUUCACCGUAUUGAGGUGAAAUCAUUGGAACAAUCAUUUGAUGCUAAGUUUCUACACUUCACAAGCGUCUUGCUACCGCAGCUCCGCUCAAUCACAAUGGCCCGCUGUUUGUUGUACGUUCCGUCCUACUUCGACUACGUCCGAUUGCGAAACUACUUCAAAAAGGAGGAACUAAGUUUCGUGCAAAUAUGCGAGUACUCGAAGGAUGCCAAAAUCGCGCGUGCUCGGGACAUGUUCUUCCACGGUAGCAGCCAUUUUAUGCUGUACUCCGAGCGGUCGCACUUCUUCCGCCGUCCCCGGAUCAAGGGCAUCCGCCAUCUGGUGUUCUAUCAGCUGCCAACCUAUCCUUCAUUUUACGCUGAAAUGAUCAACCUAAUGGCUAACGAUUAUCAAAACCGGAAGGACGGAAUCGAUGCUAGUUCAAUGACAGUGACCGUACUCUACACCAAGUACGACCUGCUCCGACUGGCGUCAGUUAUCGGUACCGAUCAAGCCAGCAAGCUGGCAGCGAGUGCCAAAGCAGCACACACCUUCACCACGCUAAAGUAA